AUGGCAGUGGCCGUGGAGCCGCCGGGAGAGAUACAGCUUGGCGAUGUGGAGUCCUUGGUUGUCUCCUGCAACAAGGAUGGCAUGGAGCGCCUGCGGACCGGGGAUCUCAAAGCGGCGUUCGAGCAGUUCAAGUAUGCCGAGGCCAUCCUGAUGGCAAAUCAGAUGGAGGGUGACAGCAGCUCAUUGCUGGCGACAACCUGCAACAACUUGGGCUGCUACUACAAGAAGGUCGGCAAGUUCCACGGCGCGCUGAGCUACUUGCGACGGGCCCUGAAGCUGGAGGUGGAGUUGUCAACCGAUGAGGUGACUCUGGCGGGCACCCAUCUGAACCUGUGUGCGGUUCUCUCAAAGCUGGAGAAGCACGACAAAGCUUUGCAGCAUGCACUGGCGGCCUUGGACCUCCUGAACAAGCGGAUGAACGAACCAGGAACAUCGCAGGACGUUUACUCCGUCCUUGCCAUCGCCUACCACAAUGUGGGCCUGGAGCGCGAGUGCAUGGAGCAGUGGGACCAGGCAACCAUCGCCUUCCGCACCGGCUAUGAGGUCGCCAAGCGCUUCCUGGGCGAAGGCCAUGCGUUGACCUUGACCUUGCUCAACAACUCCAACGCGGUACUGAAGAAAUCCAAGGACCUGCAGGAGCAGCCUGGGUCCACAGGGCCGCCGGCGCGCGGUACGAAGGAGGACAAGAGUGUCACGCUGCCACCGAUCGCCGGCAAGAAGGAGAAGGUGCCUGGGAAGCGUGGAAACAGCGAGGCCGCGGAGUUCCUGAAGUCGGAGGAGACGCUGUGGGCCAACUUCGCCGCGAAGACGCUGCGGAACACAGGCCCCGCCAUCGAGGAGGACUUGCCCGAGGAGGAGGAGGAGAUUGAAAAGGAGGAUGCUAUGGCGCGGCACCCGCUGAACCGCGCAGCGCUGGUCUCGCUGCAAGACCUUGGCUUGAUUCUGCCGCAGGCCUACGACCAGGGCCUCUUCAGAUUUCAGGAGCCGAGGAGCCAGAUCAACCACAACGUCCUCUCCAAGGCGAUGAAUGAUCAUCCCAAAGCCUUGAUGGACAUCAUCGACGCGGAGGUGGAUUGCGAGCCGUCGAUGUCGGCGCCCAACGACUUCCGGCCGAACCGCGCCAUGAAGAGGUCCACGCGGACCUCCAAGGUGGUGCGAAGGACGGGGGUUUUCAACUCCACCACCUUCCGAGACAAGGUGAUGGAGGAGAAGCUGAGGCAGGCACCUGCUGACAACCAGCAAGGCGAUCCCCCUGGACGUGCAGAAUGCCGCGGCAUCGGCCAUCCAGACCACCUGGCGGAAUUGGCACAAGUACCUGCAGGAAAACUCGGAGUGGAUGACUGUGACCUGGAUCUGCGCCACGAUGAUUCAAUCCCACUGGCGGUCCUACCACAUCCGGAGAGUCAAGCUGGACAGAAUGGUCACCAACAUUCAGAAAAUCUGCCGCGGGGUGCUGGUGCGGCGGGCCCUGCGGCAGCACCGGGCCGCGGGGCGGAGGGAGCCCGCAGCGAGGUCUCCGGUUCCACGCUCGGCCUCAGCGCCAGGCCGGAGCGUAGAUUAACUUCCACGUCCGACGACUGCUCCUCGGAGGCCUCCAGCCAAUCCAGUGGACCAAUGGGCCUGUCCGACACGCCCCAGGAGGGCCGCCUGGGCCGCAGCAUGGCGCGAAGCGAGCGCUGUGCCACCAAGGACCGGCGCACCGCGGUGUCCCCCUUCCGGUCCCUGCCGGAGCUGCAUCCGCACGAGGUGGAGCUCCGAGUGGCGGUCAAGGAUUUGUCUCGGGACGUGGCGCCGGAGAAGUUUCGGUCCAAGGCGAAGUCCGUGGGAGGCUUCGUCUUCGGGCUGCUGGUCUUUCCGCAGGGCACCAAGAGCGCCCCAGAGCAUGCGAGGAAGAAUCGGCCAGGUAAGAAGGACGAUGACAAGAAAGAUGACAAGGAGGACGAGAAGUCCAAGGUGCUCCGCACCAAGAAGGCGGCUCUGCAGGAGAAGGAGAAGGUGAAGGCGGCGCUUUUGAAAGAGGUGCCCAAGGAGAAGGACAACGCCGAAGAUGGCGCGAAGAAGGAGGACGGGAAGGACAAGAAGGACACUCGCUGGAUCUCCGCCUUCGUUGAGGCCCGGCCCAGCGAGGACUACCCGGCCCACUGGUACUUCGAGGACGUGCAGUUCCUGGUGUCGCUGAUCAACUUCCAGGACUUGAAGAAGUCCAUCGUGAAGCACGACAAGCACACCUUCUCCCCGGUGGAGUCCUCUGACGGCAAGGCCAUUGACCGGGGCUGGCACGACUUCGUCCACUGCGACGAGGUGACCCUCCGGAGCAGCGGCUUUGUGGACAAGGACGACACCGUGUGCUUCCGCGCUUCGGUGUACCUGGCCGGCGGGGCAAUGAAGGUGAACAGCAAGAACAAGUCCAGAUACAUGAGCUUGGGCAAGAUCGACCCUGGUUUGUAUGAGAAAGUUCCCAACUACCUGAACAGCAUCGUGCAGGUUUGGUACCACCUUGGAUUCUUCCGCAACGCGAUCUACUCGGCGUCCAUCACCGGGCAGAUGUCGGGGCAGAAGAAAUCCUGCGUGUUGCCAGCCCUACGGGAAAUCUUUGUUCGGCUGCAGCACCGCACGAUGCCGGCGUCCUGCUCGGUGCUUUGCGCCGCCUUUGGGCGCAAGGGCUGGUCUCGCGUCUGCAAGGCCGACCCGGACGGGUUCUGCACCGAAGUCUUCCAUUGCCUGGAGUCCGAGUUCAUCCCCUCGGAGAUGCUCAAGGCGGAGGAGGCGGCGGUGAAGGCAGCAGCCAAGGCGAAGGGAAAGGCGGCCAAGGCGAUCCCAAAGGUGGUCGAGGUGCCGCAGGAGAACCGGGCGCUGUGGGAGACGGUGCAGGAGAUGUUCGAGUUCGAGGUGGAGUGGAUCGCGCAGGCGAUCGACGGGGACUUCUCAGACAGCUCGGUGUACCAAGGGCCUUGCUUCACCCUGGUGGUGCGCGGGUUCAAGACCUUGGAGGACACCUUGGACCACUACUUCUCUCCCAAGGUCAUCGAGGAUGGCGCUGGCCUGCGGGUGCGCACCAUGCGGAAGUUCCGGCGCAUGCCGAACGUGCUGCAGUGGUACCUGAAGCGAGGCGACUACGACUGCUGCACGGGCCUUUCCGGGGUCACGGACACCUACCUCAGCUUCCCGCGUCAGAUUGACAUGGGCAAGUACUCCGAGGGGGCGGGCGUGUACCACCUCUACGCCAUCAUGGUGGAGUGCGAUGACCACUUCCUCUCUUACAUCCGACCAGAGAUGGAAGGUGACCGGGGCCAGUGGUACCGCUUCGACGAGCGCGAGAACGCCUCCUGCGCGGUGUCCAACGCCACGGCGGUGGACAGCUCCUUCGGGGGCGAGGAGUGGCUCUGCGUGAACUAUCUCUACGGGCCCUCAGCAGUGCUGAAGCGUCCCCGGGAGUCGCGCGCCUGCAUGCUCAUCUACCUCAAGGACGACGCGCUGCGGACCUUGCUGCGGGAGCCGCGCCUGCCGAAGCUGUGCCCGGAGCUGCAGAUGCCCGGGAGUCGGGAGGCCCCCACUCAGGCGGGAUGGGGAUGGGACCUGGCUGGCUGGAGCCGUAGGCCCGUAGGAUGUGUUUGGAUCGGGUGA